UCCGAAGUGCUGUGUACAGUGAACUGCACACUGCGGUCCAGCCCCAUCUCGGGUGACCCCGGGAGUGGCUGGCAGCGGUGCCAGGUGUGGAAACUCGUGGGGGAAACUCCAUGUCCUGCCAGGUGGACAACCGUCUCUGGCCCCCAGAGCGACCCAGAAUAGCGGCCCCGCGGGGGAAGAGGGCGGCCUAAGCCCAUCCCCGCCGAGCCAGACUGCGGAGGAGGAGGAGGAGGAGGGGCAGGAGCCCAGAGCCGCCCGGGGCCGAGAUGGCCGAGGUGGCGUCGGGGUACAAGGACGCGGCCACCAGCCGCCACCUGCGCUUCAAGGUGCAGAGCCUGGGGCGCCGCCUGGACGAGUUGGAGGAGGCCACCAAGAACCUGCAGAAGGCGGAGGAGGAGCUGCUGGAGCUGCAGGACAAGGUGACCCAGGCGGAGGGCAGCAACUCGGGCCUGCUGGCCGAGGUGGAGGCCCUGCGCAAGAGGGUGCUGAGGAUCGAGGGCAAGGACGAGGAGCUGCAGAGGGCCGAGGGCCUGUGCCAGCUGCUCCGGGCCAAGCUGGAGGAGGAGGAGGGCCAGAGCCGCGGGCUGCGCAGCGAGAUGGAGCGCCUGCAGCGGCGCAUGGCCCAGCUGGAGAAGCUGGAGGAGGCCUUCGGCCGCAGCAAGAACGACUGCACCCAGCUGUGCCUGAGCCUGCACGAGGAGCGCAACCUGACCAAGAAGAUCACCGCGGAGCUGGAGGCCCUGCGCCUCCGAGUCAGGGAGCUGGAGGCCUCGGAGGACCGGCUGGGCCGGACCGAGCGCAGCCUGGCCGCCGAGCUGGACCGGCUCAAGGCCCUGACCCUGGGCUUCGUCAGCGAGCGCCGCCUCUUCAGCGAGAGGGAGAAGGAGCACGCGCGGCGGAUCGAGGAGCUCACCCGGAAGCUGGAGCUGAAGCACAGGAUCGCCGCCGGCCUCCGGGAGAGGGGCGAGCUGAGGAUCGAGGACGGCCUCACGCCCCCGGCCAAGGAGGCCCGGAGGAAGGGCGCCCUGGCCGACUACCUCAAGCAGGUGGAGAACGAGACCAGGAACCAGGCGGAGAACGACAAGAACCGCAACCAGGAGGACAACAAGGUCCAGGCCCUGCGCCAGGAGGUGGAGAGGCUGACGGCGCAGCUCAAGCGCUACGAGGCCCUGGAGGAGGAGCUGAAGAAGAUGAGGACCAAGAACAACGACCUCCACGACAGCUUCCUCAGCGAGCAGAACCGCAACAGGCUCCUGGCCGGCCAGCUGGAGGAGAUCAAGCUGCAGGUGCAGAACCGGAGGGAGCUGGAGAACGGGGAGGCGGGCGGCGGUGGCGACGACGACCCCUCCCCGGCCGGCCGAGGGAGGCCCGAGCGCGCCAAGGGACGGGGCCCGGCCGCCGAGCCCCCGCCCCCCAGGGCCAAGGCCCUGGAGCUCUCCCCGCAGCCCAGGCGGGAGAGGCCGCGCCCCAAGGAGCCGGCCCCGCACGCCGAACCGGCCCCGCACGCCGAACCGCCCCCUUCGCAAGGCGCCCGCCCCGGCCCCGGUGCCACCGGACGCAGGGCCGCCAAGGGCCCGGACCCCGGGAGGGCCGAGGAGCGGCCGGGGCCGGGCCCCUGUCCGCCCGCCCCGGCCCAGGGCCAGGGGAAGAAGGCCCGAGAGCAGCCACCCGUACUCAGCCGCUACCCACCGGCCGCCCAUGAGCACAGGGCCUGGCGCGGCCCGGCCAGGCCGGGGCCCGAGGGUGGCCUCAAGGGGCGGGCGGAGAAGGCCGCGCGGGUAUUCGGCGAUCUUGUGCCCGAGGAGAGGCCCGGCAGGGUGGCCGCGGCAGAUGCCGUCCCCAGGGCCGUUCGGGCCACCCGGGUGGAGGCGCUGGGCCCGUCCCCCGAGCCCCCGCUGCCUAGGAGCCUCCCGGCCCAUCGAGCCGCCCCCGGCCCGGCCCUGGAGCUCGGGGGCAGCAGAGGCGGCUCCCCGGCCCCCGGGGCGCCGGCCCCGACCGGGGGGCCGCUCUCCGAAGGCCCGGCGCCCAAGGGCAGGCGGCCCGGCCACGGCCCCGAGGCCGACCCCGGGGCGCCCCCGAACCCCCGGGGCCAGGAAGGUGAGCCCCCGGACUGUCCCCCUCCCGGGAGGGAGGCGGGAGGGCCGUCCCCAGCGACCGGAGCGGACGGCGGAGGCGGCAGUUGCCCGCACCAGACACUGCGCUGCAGGGUCAGCAGGCCGGGCAGUCGGGAGAAACCUGACGCCGAGGAGGACACGGCGCUGCUGGUCACGGCCACGUUGGUGACCACCACGGUCACUCCCGAAUCUGACACGAAAAAGCCCGGCGCCCGGGCCCCGGGACGGUCCCGCGGGGCCGCGCGGGCCGCCGCCCUGCCCGACGGCGACCGGGACCCCGAGGCGGAGCCUGUGGUGGCCAGGCCCGCCAGGGUCCCCUCUGGCCCUCCAGAGGGUCCCGACGCCCCCGGUAAGGCCCGGAGGCCCUACAGCCCACGCGAGGCUCUGUGGUCCCGGGGCCACAUACAGCCCGUCAUCGUGGAGAAAGACGUCAAGGAGGUGAUGGGCGGCGGCGGCGGCGGCGGCGUGGCCGACGGGCCCCUCGAGAAGCCACGGGUCGGGCCGAGGCCCGGGGCCGGCAAGGUGACCAGCAGCAUAACCAUCUACCCGUCCGACGGCGGCGGCGGCGAAGGCCCCCGGGAACGGCACACGUCCACCAGCAACAUCCGCGUGGCCCCGGCCGAGCCGCCCUCCGCCGCCGCCGCUGGCCACGUCCACGCCCCCGUGGAGAUCUCCAUCCACAAGACGGACCUCACGCUGCAGCUGGCCGAGGCCGAGAGGCCCGGCGACGCCUCCCCGCGCCCCAGGCCCGAAACCGUCGUCUCCCGGAGCAGUUUCACCCUCAGGCCUUCCGACUCGGCUCCCGAGGGCGGAGGCGGCCAGCCCCCCGCGGAGACCAUCCGGUGGAAGAGCCACCAGCCGCCCCCGGAAGGCGGCCCGGCUGACGGCGGCCGCCACGUGACCGUCAGGAGCGCCUGGAAGUCCAAGUGGGACGUCGCCUCCCCGGGAGCCCAGCGGGCGACCACGGACGGCUUCGACCUGGAGCGGGCCGGGCCCGACGGCCCCUGGGACGCCCUCGAGGUCUCCCCGCGCGGGGCCCACAGCAGCCUCACGGCGUCCGAGCUGCCAUCCGGCCGCCCCGGGAUCUCGGACGGCACCCCUGUGGCUGCCUGGAGUCGCCCACCAGCAACGGAGGAAGGCGGAGACGGACCCCCCGGGCCCCGGCGGAGGAGGCACCGCUCUGCGGAGCGCCCGGAGCCCCCCCCCCCAGAAGCCGUCCUGCAACAACUGUGAGCCAGCACCGGAGCCCGUGGCCGGGCGGGCCCAGGAGCGAGCACGGCCACCCAGGCGUCGGCCCGAAGACAACUGAGCCGACGGGGGUGAGACACUCCGCUCCAUCCCACGCUCCGGCCCAGCCUCCCUUCCCCCAGGUUCCCCCCGACCCCGACCUAGGGCUGCCCAGGGCCAGGGCCGGGGUACGGAGGAGGCUCGGCCUUCCGUCCGUUGUGCCCCCACAGCUACUCCGUCCCUAGACCUGGGACAGCCUCGACCGGAGGGGUGAGACGUGUCUGGGGGGGCUGGGACACCCAUCUAGAGAGGGACUGGUCCAGGCGGCCGUUACUCAGCUGCGAGGGCCAGUUGUUCUGGGGGCCUGGGCACGCCGGGAUGGCUACCUGCCUUCUCCCAGCUCCUUCCCCUUGUUUGCGUAUGUGCCCAUGCGUCGUUUUUGACAGGCUCAUUUAGGGAGUUGGUGACGUUGGCUUUUGCCACGGGCAUCUCUGCUUCCAUAUUUGAACCCGUUUGCCGGGUGGCUUGCGUCUGCCCAUCAGCUCCGUGAGGGCAGGGACCGACCCUUACCCCCAUCCUGCGCCCAGUUCUGUGGGAGUCCCCCAGCCAAAUGUCGCUGCGUGAAUGCCACCCCUACCCCCUCGGGGGAAGAAUUCCGCGGCGGUUCCCCUCGGACCCGUUUCGCUGCUCCGCUCCCGUCGGGCACAGCUUGGUGCCCUACCCGUGGUAGUCACCUUGUAGGGCCCGCUGCCAAACCCUUGAUGACGAGGAGGACAAAGAUCCGGGCCUUGGGUCGAACUUGCCGAUAGCGGAGAGAGUAGGCAGGUUGACCUGUGUGCCAGCCCAGAGAGCGGACAGGGCUCCCCCUCCGCCGCCCGGCUCCCCACCCCCAGUCCUGUCCCGACCCAAACGUGGCUGUUGUCUGUCUUGCAGGCCUGUUCCCGCUCCGCUUGGCUCAUCUCCCAGCCGCCCCCUCCUCUCCCCCAGCCCCGCUUCCCUCCUGCUCCUGCAGCUACCGCCUGUUGGUCUAGCCCAACUCCGCCCUGCCCGAGCUGUCCCGGCCGCCGUGGCCGGCCCGCCGGCUGGGCCGCUCUGGUUCCCCGCCCUGCCCCUCCUGCGUCCCUUCCCGUCACCCAGAGUGGCACUGGGAGCUGCCGUGGCACCGGGCACGUGCUUGUUUCUCUUACUCAGGGGCAGGCUUGCCCCUGCAACCCAUCUACCUGGGGGCCUCGUCCCAAAUGCCCUCCCCACCUCUUGUUCUGCUAGUUCAAAGCCCCUUGUGCUCUCCCACACCCCCGGGGAUCCCCCUGGCCGGGAGCUGACCCACCUUCUCCCUCUCUUUCCUCCACUCCCCGUCACCAUGCAACCUCCCCCUGCCUUUCACCUGGCACCUCAGGGGCCCCUCAGGGCCCCAGACUCUCCCAGGAGAGACUGCUGCUGCCACCGCCACCACUACGGCAGGUGAAGUUGGAGAGGCCGGUGUGGGGUGACCUCGCCCCCGACCCGACACCGCCAAGUCGCGGCCUACCCCGGGGCCGGAGCCCACGGGUGCUGCCCUCCUGCCCCGCUUCCCUCAUCGGGCCCGAUCGGAGGGCGGAGGAGGGCUUGGGGUGGCUCCGCCUCUCCUACCUUGCACACUCAGAGAGCGGGCUGCCGCUUUUUCUUUUAAACACUCACCUUCUCCGCGGGGCCUGGCUCGGAUCCGGAUGCGGGCCUGCCCCGGGGGAGCCGGAAAUUUCAAAGUUAAGAUGAGUGAUGUUUGGGUCCCGCUCUGGCUGAGGGAGGUGCCGGAGGAGGAACUGUGGCGCUGCCCCCCACCCUCCUCACCCGCCCUCUUGGCCCACAGGGGAGGGGACGGUUGGGGCCGGGGGAAGCGGAGAUGGCUACAGCAGGGACCCUGGGCCCGAAUCCUCCAUCCCCGGGGAGUGAGAAAGUGACCAAAUGGCAUGGCUGCUCUGCCGGGGAGAGGAUGAGGAUGGGCCGGAGGGUCGCCGCUUCCCUGCCCCCGGGCUGGCGUGGGGCCCCUCGCCGGGCAGCGCCGUGCCCGAACUGUAUGGAAUGUAUUUUUAAAAGAAUAAAAUAUAUUUUUUUGUAUUGUUAAAAGGCUGGUGGGCGGGAAGGGGCAACUGGCUCUCCCGCUCCGGCCCCCGGCCACUGGCGGCCGCGACUCCGCCGGGGCAAGAAGCGGACGGCCGGAGAGGCUCUGACCCACGGGCCCACCGACCCUCCCUCCCUCCCCGCACAUCGCCAGGAGGCCGGGGGCGGGGGCGAGCUGGACUCGGACCAGGCCGCGAGGGGGGCCGUGGCCGCAUGUUGAGGUGAAACCCAGACGUCUGCAUGUCCCCUCCGGCCCUGGUGCUGACCUGCUCGACGGCACACACAGUAUGUAACCAAUAAAGCGCUCUAAUUUGUA